UUGUUUUAAUCUUUCAAAUGUCAUUCCAGACGAAUUUUUUCAAAAUAUUUUUCAAGGUUUACAUUGAAAUGGGUAGAAGCCAGAUUUCCUAAGAUUUCGUAUUUUUGAAACCACAUUUUAAAAGUUCUCGUCCAUUUUGCAUAGUUUGUUCCUUCGUCUAAAAAAACCCUUCCAAAUUUCAUAUCAAAAGUGACGUCUCUCAUUUGUCCCAACCACAACAAAUUGCAUUAAAAACAGCAUUUUAUGAGUAAUCCCCUCGUUGUUGUUUAAUUUUUACUAGGAAUUAGGAGGAAAUGAAGAAAAAUCGUGGUCGCACAUAUAAACAAUAGCGAUAAAAAUUCAAAGCGUACGAAGAAACUUUCAGUCGCUGAUAAGUUCUUGCAGUGUUAAGUCGAGAGCUAAGUGUUUUUCCUUCGCAAAAUAAUACGACUUCAAAGACGAUGGAAUUCACAUUUCCCACUAAAAGUGCAACAACGGCUAUUAAAAGUGUCGGAUCGACACUUCAAGUCACAGACGGCGAAAACAUGCUUAAAAUAGGGCAGAGUUUUACCCCUCCUGCUACUAGCGACUUAACCAACAGUGCCAUUUCGGAAACGAUUAAUACUAUUACCGAAAUUACCAACAGCACAGAGGCUUCUACCACUUCUGAGUUUCUUGGAAAUUUCACCACUACCGUUAAUACACUGGUAACCGAAGUGUCCAGCAGUACUAGAGAAACCUCUACAAUCCCUGACACUUUUGAAAACAACACUAAUUCAAUAAUCACCGAAAUAACAAACAAUGCUACAACAAUCACAGAAGUGGAAAGAAGUUCUCUUACUACUACCCCAUUUAACGUAUUUUCUUCAAGUACGGAUAUGUCGAACGCAACAAAUUACGAAGAUUAUGAAGUUGAAGGAAAAACUUUGUACGCCGUUUUGGGCGUGAUUAUUGUCAGUUUGCUUUUAAUAUUGAUUAUUCUGAUUAUCAUUUAUAAAAGAUAUAAAGCUAGGCGUUCAGGAUCGCUUGAUUGUGCAACUGAUUUGAGUCAAGUUACCAUUUCAAGCGGAAGAAUGAAAUCCUAUUAAUUACAUUUUGUUUGAUAUUUGUUAUGCUUUACUAUAAUUAUUAUAUUUUUGUUAUUUGCUUAAGUAAACUUAUGUGUUGUAAAAUCGUUAUUGCUAUAAAAUACAGUUUUGAAUAA